CCACCCCUCCCUGCCCGGUGCGCGCGAAAUCGCCUCCCGUCGCCUCCUUGCCUGCUGUCUUGCGGUCCCGAUGCCCGCCCGGGCCACCCCGCUGACCCCAGAGGAGCUGCGCAGGCGGCUAAAAGACCUGGAGAGGGAUGAAGAUGGACUUAGUGAAAGAGAGUGUGUUAAGGAGAAGCUGAGUCUAAUCCAUGGCUUCUUACAAGCAGAUGUUCAGAAUCAGCUGAAAGACCUGGAGUCCAAGUUUUGCAAAGAGGAGCUUUCUGAGGAACGGUACUUGGCCAAAGUCAAAGCCCUGCUCCAUGAAGAACUCUCUUUGGAAAAUGGAGAUAACCUGGAGCUCACCCAGAAAACCAAUGGCUGCACAGAGAAUGGCACCUAUGGCAGUGAUGAAGAAUCUGAGAGAGCAGGUGGCAGGGAGGAAGAGGACAGUUCCAUGGAGAUCGAAGAGUCCACCUCAGUGUCUUCGACGCUGUUGGCCUCACCAUCAGUGCCAAAAGCCCGUAGGGGCAGAAAGAGCAAGUCCAACAGUGAGAACAGAAAAACCCCAAGCAGCUCAAGGAUCACCCGUAGUUCCGGCAGGCAGCCCACCAUUGUGGCGAUGUUUUCCAAAGGGUCCAAUAAACGCAAAUCAGAGGAAGUUAAUGGAGAGCUGAAACAAGAAAAUAAUGCAGAAAACAGGGAAGAGGAAGAGGAGGAGCAGUUUGGAGAGAAGGAACAAGAUGAGAAAAGAAUCAAAAUAGAAACCAAAGAAGGGUUGGAGAUCAAAGAUGAUGCAACCCAGGUUAAAACUGUGCCACUUGCUAAAACCACCCCUCCCAAGUGUGUCGAGUGCAGGCAAUACCUAGAUGACCCUGAUCUCAAGUUCUUCCAAGGAGAUCCUGAUGAUGCACUGGAUGAACCAGAGAUGCUGACCGAUGAACGGUUGUCCAUUUUUGAUGCCAAUGAAGAUGGGUUUGAAAGUUAUGAGGACCUGCCCCAACACAAAGUAACCUCCUUCAGUGUUUACGAUCGGAAAGGUCACCUAUGCCCGUUUGAUACUGGUCUCAUAGAAAGGAAUGUUGAACUCUACUUCAGCGGUGCUGUGAAGCCAAUAUAUGAUGAUAAUCCUUGUCUAGAUGGAGGUGUUCGGGCCAGAAAGAUGGGCCCCAUCAAUGCAUGGUGGAUCACUGGCUUUGAUGGAGGGGAGAAAGCCUUGAUUGGUUUCACCACAGCGUUUGCGGAUUACAUCCUAAUGGAACCGAGUGAGGAAUAUGCCCCCAUCUUUGCACUGAUGCAGGAGAAGAUCUACAUGAGCAAGAUUGUAGUUGAAUUCUUGCAAAAUAAUCCUGAUGUCAGCUACGAGGACUUGCUGAACAAGAUAGAGACCACAGUCCCACCUGCCGGGCUGAACUUCAACCGCUUCACAGAAGAUUCCCUCCUCCGACAUGCCCAGUUUGUGGUGGAACAAGUGGAAAGCUAUGACGAAGCAGGAGACAGCGAUGAGCCUCCUGUUCUCAUCACACCCUGCAUGAGAGACUUGAUAAAGCUGGCUGGAGUCACACUGGGAAAGAGGCGAGCUGCCAGAAGGCAGGCCAUCAGGCACCCCACAAAAAUCGAUAAGGAGAAAGGGCCCACCAAAGCCACCACCACCAAGCUGGUCUAUUUGAUCUUUGACACUUUCUUCUCAGAGCAAAUAGAGAAGAAUGAGAAGGAGGAGGACAAGGAGAAUGUGAUGAAGCGCAGGCGCUGUGGCGUCUGUGAGGUUUGCCAGCAGCCAGAGUGUGGCAAAUGCAAAGCUUGCCAGGAUAUGAUUAAGUUUGGUGGCAGUGGGAAGUCAAAACAGGCCUGCCAACAGCGAAGGUGCCCCAACCUGGCUGUGAAAGAAGCGGAUGAAGAUGAAGAGGUGGAUGACAACAUUCCUGAAGUGCCCUCCCCCAAAAAGAUGCUGCAAGGAAGGAAGAAAAAGCAAAGCAAGAACCGAAUUUCCUGGGUGGGAGACCCUGUCAAGAGUGAUGGUAAGAAGAACUACUACCAGAAGGUGUGCAUUGACUCAGAGACCCUGCAAGUUGGCGACUGUGUUUCUGUCAGCCCAGAUGACCCCACGAAGCCCCUCUAUCUGGCAAGAAUCACAGCCAUGUGGGAAGAUGCUAACAACGAGCCGAUGUUUCAUGUCCAUUGGUUCUGCCGUGGUACGGACACCGUCCUGGGAGCAACCUCUGACCCACUGGAGCUCUUCUUGGUGGAUGAGUGUGAAGACAUGCAGCUGGCUUACAUUCAUGGCAAAGUCAAUGUCAUUUAUAAGGCUCCCUCAGAAAACUGGUCCCUACAGGGAGGACUUGAUGUGGAGAUCAAAAUGGUGGAAGACGAUGGCAGAACCUAUUUCUAUCAAAUGUGGUAUGAUCAGGAGUAUGCCAGGUUCGAGACUCCACCAAAAAUCCAGCCCACGGAAGACAACAAACACAAGUUCUGCAUGAGUUGUAUUCGUUUGGACGAAGUGAGGCAGAAGGAAAUCCCCAAAGUCAUUGAGCCGCAAGAGGAGUCAGAAGGGAAGUUGUUCUAUGGUGUGGCAAUGAAAAAUGGGGUGCAGUAUCGUGUGGGCGAUGGCGUUUUCCUCUUGCCAGAUGCCUUCUCAUUCAGCCUCAAAUUGGCUAGCCCUGUUAAACGCCAGAAGAAGGAAGCCGUCAAUGAGGAACUGUAUCCUGAGCAUUACCGCAAAUACUCUGAAUACAUCAAGGGAAGCAAUCAAGAUGCUCCUGAACCAUACCGCAUUGGCCGGAUCAAAGCCAUCUUCUGCAACAUCCGCAGCAAUGGCAAACCCAACGAAGCAGAAAUCAAGCUGCGAGUCUACAAACUGUACAGGCCAGAGAACACGCACAAGUCUGUGAAAGCCAGCUACCACGCAGAUAUCAACUUGCUAUACUGGAGUGAUGAAGAAGCCACAGUGGAGUUCAAAGAUGUGCAGGGCCGUUGUACUGUGGUAUAUGGGGAGGAUUUGACAGAGAACAUCCAGGACUAUUCUGCGAGUGGCUCUGAUCGUUUCUACUUCCUAGAGGCAUAUAACGCAAAAACAAAGAGCUUUGAAGACCCCCCUUAUCAUGCUCGUAGCUCUGGAAAUAAAGGGAAAGGGAAAGGAAAAGGGAAAGGUAAAAGCAAAGGGAAAUCUUCAGGAGCAGCUGAGCACAAUGAGGUUGAAGCAACUGAGUUAAAGCCCCCAAAGUUGCGCAGUUUGGAUGUCUUUUCUGGCUGUGGAGGCUUGUCGGAGGGGUUCCACCAAGCAGAAGUCUCAGAGACUCUGUGGGCCAUCGAGAUGUGGGAACCGGCUGCACAGGCGUUCCGCCUCAACAACCCUGGCACCACGGUGUUCACGGAGGACUGCAACAUCCUGCUGAAGCUGGUGAUGUCUGGCGAGAAGACCAACUCCCUGGGCCAGAAGCUUCCCCAGAAGGGCGAUGUGGAGAUGCUGUGUGGUGGGCCGCCUUGCCAAGGCUUUAGUGGAAUGAACCGCUUCAAUUCCCGCACGUACUCAAAGUUCAAGAACUCCCUGGUGGUCUCCUUCCUCAGCUACUGCGACUACUACAGACCAAGGUUCUUCCUGCUUGAGAACGUGAGGAACUUUGUCUCCUUCAAGCGCUCCAUGGUGUUAAAACUCACCCUGCGGUGCCUUGUCCGGAUGGGAUACCAGUGCACUUUCGGGGUACUGCAGGCUGGCCAGUAUGGUGUGGCCCAGACACGCAGGAGAGCGAUUGUGCUGGCUGCAGCUCCUGGAGAGAAACUGCCCUUGUUCCCAGAACCCCUCCACGUCUUUGCUCCCCGGGUCUGCCAGCUCAGUGUGGUGGUAGAUGAUAAGAAGUUUGUUAGCAAUAUAACAAGGACCUACUCGGGCCCCUUCCGAACCAUCACCGUCCGCGACACUAUGUCGGAUCUCCCUGAAAUCAGGAAUGGGGCAUCAGCACUUGAAAUCUCCUAUAAUGGGGAACCACAGUCCUGGUUCCAGAGGCAAAUUCGAGGCUCCCAAUAUCAGCCCAUCCUCAGGGAUCAUAUCUGUAAGGAUAUGAGCGCGUUGGUAGCUGCUAGGAUGAGACACAUUCCACUGGCUCCAGGCUCAGACUGGCGUGACUUGCCCAACUUUGAAGUGCGCCUAUCAGAUGGCACAAUGACCCGCAAGCUACGUUACACCCACCACGAUAAGAAGAAUGGGCGGAGCAGCACGGGGGCCCUGCGGGGCGUCUGUUCCUGCGCUGAAGGCAAGCAGUGUGACCCUGCAGACCGGCAGUUUAACACCCUGAUCCCUUGGUGUCUGCCCCACACGGGCAACCGGCACAACCACUGGGCUGGCUUGUACGGAAGGUUAGAAUGGGACGGCUUCUUCAGCACAACAGUCACCAACCCCGAGCCCAUGGGGAAACAGGGCCGCGUGCUGCAUCCCGAACAGCACCGGGUGGUGAGCGUGCGGGAGUGUGCACGGUCCCAGGGAUUCCCAGACACCUACAGACUGUUUGGAAAUGUGCUUGACAAGCACCGACAGGUGGGUAAUGCAGUGCCUCCUCCUCUAGCAAAAGCCAUUGGUCUAGAGAUCAAAUUGUGUGUGCUGGCCAAAAUGAAAGAGGACGCUUCAGAAACCAUCAAACAGGAAAAGAUGGACACUUCAGAUUAAUUUGUAAUUUGCUGAUCUCCUGCUACACUUCGGUUCCAGCACCUGAACACCCAAACAUGCACUGAUAAUUUUAAAAAAAUUCUUUCUUUUCAUUUCUAGUUUAUUUUCUUACUUCUGGACUUGCUGAAAAUUGUUGGAGGUUUCUGUUUGUUUGGCUGCAGCGGGGAGGGGGGAUUAUUUUAUGUUCUCUCUCUCUCUCUCUCAAUCUCUUUUUUCCUCUUCAAGCCUGUAUUUGUGAGCAGUGUUUGUCUAUUUGGCUGGCAUUCUGAAGCUGUUUCGAUGUUUUAAAUAACCAUUCUCAAGUGAUCAAUUGUGCAGUGCCUCCCAUUUCAUGCGUGUGUGUAUGUAUGUGUUUUUAUCAGGGGGGAGAGGGGAUUAAGGAUGUUUUUAUUAUGCAUUGUAUUGAAAAUUAAUCAACCACUUUGUACAAGUGGAAAUUAAUACUUUAUGUAGUUUUUAUAUGUUGUAAUAUUUCUUCAAAUAAAUCUCUCCUAUAAAUUA